CAACGCCGUUGAGCGCCGUUCUCAUGCACAAAGUCCUCAUUCAAGCCUUCCCCCCAACUGACCGGGAUGUCGCUGCCGAUUCUAGGUCUUAGACGGUGCCGAUAACCGAUUUGUGGGGGAGGUGAUCAUCGUUCUUCUGGCACUUCAGGCUUUAAAACCGGGUGUAUCCCCAGCUUGAUUCUGUGCCAUGGCUCGAAGCCCACCCUGCGCACCUCUGAUUAAGACAUGGUCAAGGAGGAACAGCAAGGCCCAGCCAGCGUCCUUCAGACUCCUUCAGGAAACCUGACCGACUGGAACGGUCCCGACGAUCCAGACAACCCUCGCAAUUUUUCUCUGUCCCGGCGAAUAUGCUCGACAAUUGCAGUGACCUUUUUAGCUUUUGUCAGCACUUUGGCAGCAUCAAUAUAUAGCCCCGGCCACGACCAAGUGUCCAGGGAUUUCCGAGUUUCUAAUGAAGUCGCGAUUCUACCACUGUCACUCUACAACUUCGGCUUAGCCUUUGGACCGCUAGCUGGAAGUCCACUGAGCGAGACUUUUGGGCGUAAGGCCGUUUUCUUGACCACUACACCUCUUUUCGCACUCUUCAUCCUAGGCGCUGGGCUAUCUCAAAGCGUUGCAUCCUUAAUAGUCUGCAGAUUCUUCGCAGGUGUUUUUGCCUCGCCAGCCAUCAGCUGUGCCUCCGCCACCAUCAUUGACUACACUGCUGGGCGAUACCGAGCUGUAUCGUUAGCAUUCUACUAUUCCAUACCCUUCUUUGGUGCUGUGUUUGGGCCUCUUCUAGGUGGAGUCAUUAUCGAGAACAAAGGCUGGCGCUGGACUCAAUGGGUUACGCUAUUCUUCAUCACUGCCUUUUACAUUCCCAUCUUGUUCACCAGAGAGACAUACAAGAAGACCAUUCUGCAACGACGAGCCCGCAAACUGAGUGUUGCAGGACCGCCACAAGACAAGAGAUCGAUUCUCGCCUCAAUCAAGCAUUUUUCGACGACUUUGCUCAUACGCCCAAUUCACAUGGUCAUCACAGAGCCAAUAGUGACGCUGGUAUGUCUAUACAACGGCUUCCUUUUCGGUCUCAUGUACACUUUCGUGGUGGCGUCGCCUUGGGUCUACCAGCAUUACUAUGGUUUCGAUCUUACUGCACAAUCUUUAUCUUUCCUGGGCUUAAUGGCUGGAACCGCAUUUGCACCUGCUCCUCUCAUCCUUAUCGACCUCAAACUCUAUCAGCCGCGUCUCAAGCACUUUCGAGCUACUCAUUCCGAUGAUGAACGUUUCCCUCCGGAGUACCGGCUGUAUCCUAGUAUGAUCGCAUCUUUCGCUUUACCAGCGUUCCUAUUCCUCUUUGCCUGGACACCGCGCCCAGAAAUACAUUGGAUGGCCCCGAUUGUGUUUCAGGGGCUCACGAUAAUGUCAACCGUCUUGAUAUACUCCUCAGCAAACUUGUUCAUGGUCGACGCUUACGGACCGCUCUAUGGCGCAUCCGCAGCUGGUGCGGCCAUGUUGUCGAGGUACGGUUUGUCGGCAGCGUUUCCACUUUUCGCGCUGCAACUUUACAAAGCGCUGGGCGUGGGGUGGGCGAGCACAUUGCUAGGCUUUUGUACUCUAGCUAUGGCGCCUAUACCCUGGCUCUUCUGGCGAUUUGGAGAUCUACUACGAGCGAAGACAAAGUACGAGACGGCGACCUAGGCAUUGUGAUACUGGAUACAGAUGAUAGCUUCUCGAGCACUUUCUGCCGGCGCAAAUUGAUCUAGGGACAUCCCACAUUGCGUUGUCCGCCCUAAUUCCGUAGUGGCAACCAUGGACUUCAGCACAAGUUCUCGGAUCUUGAUCACAAUGGGGCUAGUUGGUUACAGCCCAACUAAUGAGUCUUGAAGAGACAUCGAAUGAGACCACAGUCGUAAGAUACGUGCUGUGUACCUCUUAGAUAUGACUAACCCAUAUGGUGUGAUGCCCUCCACACCUUCAAACGGUGU